CGAAUGACGUCCCCGCAACCGGACAGCCCUCGGUCGUGACCACCCAGCAACCUCAACAAUCCGCGACCGAAUCCGUCGUUGUAACGACCUCAACCGGUGGCCAAACAGCGCAGCAGCGAAACUUGAUUGACAAUACCAAAGAAAAAUGCCAGAAAUUUUUAACCAACUUGAUCGAAUUGGCUAAGCGGCAUCCGAAGCUCGUCGAGAAGAACGUCUUGAUGCUGAUCCAAGAACUGAUCGACGCCAACGUAGAGCCGGAGACGUUUUGCGAACGGCUCGUGCGACUACUCAACGUCAGCCCGAAGCCGUGCCUGGUAGGCUUUCUCAAGCAAGGCCUCCCCCUGUUGCGUCAAUCGCUCGUCACGAAAGAAAUCACUAUCGAGGGCAUCAAUCCACCACCCGCCAACGUAGCCUUUUCCGGAUCGCCUCUGACCCAGUUCCGGCCGGUCACGAAAAUCCUGCUCUCGCAGGCCGCUCCGCGUUUGCACGGCCCAACGCCGAUCCGCGUGCUGAUGACGCAGUCCGGAAUACCAACGGUGAACCGGAUCGGCCAAACGACCAUCCGGCCGGCCACUCUGGUGCGGCUACAGACGCCACUGCAGCAAUCCGGCUAA